UUUAGGUCCUGUGCAAGUAGCUCAUAUAAAAACUAUAAGACAUAGGAAUGGGAAUACUAACAAUGAGGAUAACUUCUACAGCUUUUGUACUUCUCAUCCAAACAUUUGUCUGUUUGGCUUCAAAUGAUUCCCAAUUUCAACUAAUUAACAGGGCCACUGGUUUUUGUUUGGUAAAAUUAAAUAACCACUGCAAUGACAUUCGCUGGACAUCUGGGGAUCGACUUUUGGUUCAGAAUAAGAACAAGUGCCUGGGUGUUCAGGGAAAAACUGUGGGCAGUGAAGUAAACCUGUAUGAUUGUGAUGAAACCAGUGAGCUCCAAAAGUGGGAAUGCAAGAAUGAAACUGUGAUCGCUCUCAAAGGCCAAGAACUUUACAUUGACCUCACUGCCGAUAACACAGCCGUGCUCUCAAAUAAAGUUGUGCCCAAUAGCCACCUUACAAUUUCUGGGACUUCCAGCGGUGCUUGCACAAGAACAUAUACAGAACUUUACACCAUUGAAGGAAAUGCAGCUGGGAGGCCGUGCAUGUUUCCUUUCUUUUACAAAAGCAAUUGGUAUUCGGAGUGCACUGCAUUUGACUCUCCAGGGAACCGUAAAUGGUGUGCAGUUGAAACAAAAUAUGAUCAUGAACUCUGGGGUUACUGCCCAACUAACUCCAAAGAAACUUGGAACAAAGACCCUACAACAGGAGCAUCUUAUCAGCUGAACACACAGUCAGCGCUGACCUGGGAUCAGGCUGAUGCCAGCUGCAAACAGCAGAGUGCCUCCCUGCUCAGUAUCAGCAAUCCUCAUGAGCAGGCUUAUAUUUCAGCACUAUUAGGGACAAAUUGGGGACAGGAGUACAAACUCUGGGUUGGACUGAUCUUCCAGGAUUUAGAUUAUGUGUGGAAGUGGUCUAAUGGGAAUCCUUAUGCAUAUCUGAAUUGGGACUCAGGACAUCCAGUUUCUAAUCCAGGAUAUAAGUGUGGAAUUAUUGAUGGCGCUGUUCAGUUUUCUUGGCAAAGUUCAAAAUGCAACAAGAAACUGGGAUACAUCUGCUACAGUGAAGGACCUUUGGAUGCACCUACUGAAGCUCCCGAGAGUGGAUUUUGUACAGCACCCUGGAUCCCCUACAAUGGCCACUGCUUUUACCUUUAUCGUAAUGAAACAAAAAAAUGGUCUGAUGCUCAGAAAGCUUGCGGUAAAGAAGGAGGAGACCUAGUAAGCAUUCGUAAUGUGGAGGACCAAAGCUUCAUCAUCUCUCAACUUGGAUAUGCAUCCACUGAUGAACUCUGGAUUGGACUAAAUGACAGGAAGAGAGAGAGGCUGUUUGUCUGGAGUGAUCAUUCUCCUGUGAGUUACACUAGCUGGGACUCUCGGGAACCAACUGUCACCUCUGAACAAGAAGACUGUGUUCUUAUCAGAGGGGAG